AUCAAGUUUGUGGCGUAAUGCGCGAUAUACGCUGGGUGAUAGAUUUGAGCAGCAGUAUCGAACGUCACGAUUGGGGUUCCCUGUUCCGAAAGAAGAGGUGUAUUGCCCCACUCGACAAAUCUUGCUGUAUAUAUUAAUCAGCUGGGACCUCGAAUACCUCGAUGAGUUCUAAUCUUCUUCUUAUUGAAAUAACCUUAUAACUACAGCUAUUUUCCCAUCAGCCAUUGAAAACAGUACCUGCUCUGGAGCACCAAUAGAAUCUAUCGAUAGCCUCUCGAGCCUCCGCCUUUGAAACACUCAUCCCAGGACACAGUCAAUCCAUACCACUGAAGGCUGAACCGAAGACACCGUCAUGGACGAUCAAGACAAUAUUUUUACUCGCGACGAACCUCUCUCCGAACACGAACAUGUGAUCCUAGCCAACUACGCCACCGAACCGCGAUACAGCCAGGGUAUGAUGAAUGCUCGCAAGUUUAAAAUGCAACGGAAAUAUUUUGACACCCCCGAAUGGGCCUUGAACUCCGGUCAAAAAGAACCGGACCAGGGCGCCGACCAAGCCGGGGGCCCCCUCUCAUUGCGCCAGGACACAUCCAAACCGUAUACACCUGUCCCUGAGGGUAGUAAUGUGGGCGAUGGUGCCAAUCACGAGCAAGGGUAGAAUCGCUCGCUGGGGUAUGAGAUGUCUAGUCGUCCUUUAGAACGAGGAAAUGACUUUGAUUUUGUUAAUUCGACAAUCCACGAUUAGGGAUACAGGUUUUGUGGAGGUCUGGGGGAGUUAAUGUAAAU